AUGGAGGAAAUCUUGCAGAACACCUUCGGCCAUCCUCAAUUUCGCCCUUCGCAAAGGGAAGUCAUGGUCUCCAUUCUCUCGGGACAAGACACGUUCGUGCUGAUGCCGACAGGUGCCGGAAAGUCGCUCUGCUUUCAGCUGCCCGCGUUGGUGUUGGACGGCAUCACCGUGGUUGUGUCCCCUCUCAUCGGGAUCUCUGCGGCGCUGCUUUGCUCGUCACAGAAGAAGGACGAACGAGAUCUAAUUCAGAGAGACAUCACGUCAAAGCAGCCCAAGACGAAGCUCCUCUACGUCACACCAGAGCUGAUCGACACGCAAGGCUUCCUCAACACACUCUACAGUCUGCGCAAUAAUAACAAGCUCGCCAUGUUCGUGGUAGACGAAGCCCACGCGAUCUCCGAGUGGGGACAUGAUUUCCGGUUUGCCUACCGUAAGCUUUCAGUCUUCAAGGAGCGCUUCAACAGCACUCCGAUUACCAGAGUCCAGACCGACGUUGUCAAUUCCCUACGCUUGGACAAGCCGCUCAUCAUCACGCUCAGCUUCAAUCGGCCGAACAUCUAUUACGAAGUCAGAUUCAAGGAUCUAUUGGGGAACGUACACAACGAUAUCGCCAGCUUCAUCAGCAAUCGAGCGGGUGCGUGUGGGAUUAUCUACUGUCAUAAGCGGGAGACCUGUGGGCACGUAGCCAGCAAACUCAAAGAACGAGGAGUGAACGCUGAAGCCUACCAUGCCGGCUUGAGAGACGCUGAUCGGACAGCUGUGCAAACAAAGUGGAUGACUGGGGAGGUGGACAUCAUAGUUGCGACCAUUGCAUUUGGUAUGGGUAUCGACAAGCCCGACGUCCGCUUUGUUAUUCACUUCGACGUGCCCAAGAACUUGGAAGGCUUCUACCAGGCACAUGGAAAAUCGUCUGUGAGCCUCCUCUACUACUCUAAGGACGACAAGUCGCUCAACUCCUUCCUGCUUGCGCAAGCCGCUCAGAAGCAGCGGGAGCGACAGGGCCAGCAGACCGGACCGCAACCACGCCAAAACGCUAUCAACAACUCUUGGGAGAAGAUGGUGGAGUACUGCGAAGGCAAGCCUGGCUGCAAGAGAAAGCGGUUGCUCGAGUACUUUGGCGAAAACACCACGCGGCUCGUGUGCGGCAACUGCGACUACUGUAUAGACCGAGAAAAGGUCACCAAAGACAUCAAGGCGUUCAACUCUACGGAACGCAACUUCGCCAGUGCCGGCUUCGCCGAGAGACAACUCAACGCGCUGAGGAAGAAAGGGGCAAAGAGCGGCGGCAAUGAAGGCUGGGCGAAUGAAGGUGGAGAAGAAGAGUUCUACGACAGUGAGAACGUGUUUGAGGCCAAGCAAGUGGCGGCCAGAGGACCAUCAAUCGACGACUGUGGAUCAGAAAAGCAGUUCUGGAGCACGCUCGAGCGGAUGGAGCAGACAGAAGAGCGCAAGCAGGGACAGAAGCGGAAGUUCGGCAAGUUCGGACAUUUGUUGGACCAGCGGCCGAGCUCCUUUUGUCGAGCGAGCGAUCUCACGGACAAGCGAGUCAAGACCGACGCCGACCACGGCACCGGCUUCUCCAAGGCCAGUCGAGGCGCCUCGGCUUCCACCCGAGGAGGGCGGCCGAGUGGUGCAGCAGCAGGGCGAGGCAGGGGGGCAAGUACUGGCGGCCCUGUCCAAUCCACCCUCACCGCCUUCACCAAGGCCGGCAGUCUCCCGCGCGGCACGACCCAGACCACCUCACCAUCAACAGAGCCGUCCACGGCUGCGCCAAGAACCACCAAGCUCAAGCCCUUCAGUGCUCUUGAGGAAAUUGACAUCGUGUAA